GGAGGAGUUUGAGAAAAAGACUUUUAGAGGCCCCGUUUGCCUUCCUCCGAGUGGCGUGUGUGUGCGUAUGCGCGCGUUUAUGGCUGACCCAAACUCGAGUCCACUAGCUCGUGUGGUUUUGCAGCAGUGUCUGCACGCGCAGCUGCAAGUGAAGCCUGCUGAACCGGAUUGCGAAGCCAGAUGGGUAGAGAUCCAACGUGGUCUUAUUAUCUAUGUAUGUUUCUUCAAAGGGGCCAGUGAAGAUAUUAUUCCCAAAAUGGUCAAUACAAUCCUGAAUGUGAAAUUAAGUGAAUGUGAAGAUGGCAAAUAUGUGUCUAUUUUGGAUUUGCCAGGUAGUAUACUUGUAAUACCACAAGCCACACUGGGUGGUAAAUUGAAAGGAAGAAGAAUGCAAUAUCAUACCAACAUUGAAAAAGAAAUUGGGCUAGAACUCUAUUCCCAGUUUGUGAUUCAGUGUGAAAAACAACUGGCUGCUAAUGUCAAAUGUGCAGAAGCUGGUGUAGUCCUGAAGCAUGGCACAUAUGGAAACCGACAAGUGUUGAGAGUAGAUACAAAUGGACCUUACACUCAUCAGAUUGAAUUUUGAGACAUAUGUGCUAGAGGUAACAAUUAACCUGAUGCUAAUGUUUGUGUGCAAAGAAAAUUGAAAUGUCCACCAGUAACUUCAGGUCCACAUUUAUAUGUUUAUUUUUUGCCACAUUCUCCCAUAUUUCUUCCUUAUCAUACAAUAGUUCUGUCACGGAAAACCAAAAUGUCCAAUAGAAGAUUGUUUUGGUCCAUGAAUCUUUUCAACCAACUCUUAACCUAUAUAGUUUCUUUUCUGCCCAAACUUGUACUUACAGUAUUUCAUCCCCUCAUAUUUUGUAAAUAUUUAGUUAUGUCUUUUUAUGUGACAACACUGAAGAAAUGACACUUGGCUACAAUGUAAAGUAGUGAGUAUACAGCUUGUAUAACAGUGUAAAUGUGCUGUCCCCUCAAAUAACACAAUACACAGCCAUUAAUGUCAAAACCCCUGGCAACAAAAGUGAGUACACCUCUAAAUGGUAAUGUCCAAUUUGGGCCGAAAGUGUCAAUAAUUUGUGUGGCUGCCAUUAUUUUCUAGCACUGCCUUAACCCUCUUGGGCAUAGAGUUCACUAGAGCUUCACAGGUUGCCACUGGAGUCGUCUUCCCCUCCUCCAUGACGACGUCACAGAGCUAGU